UUCAUGGGCAUUGUGGGAAAUACUUAUAACUAGAUAGCAGCUAUUUAAUUGUUUAUAGACUAUCAUGUGUGGAUGUCGAUUAGUUUCCUGAAUGCAUAGAAUAUUCUUUUAAAUCUGAUCUUAAUAUUCGCUUCUGACAUCUCAUUAGUCGGAAUUGCAUCUGUAGUGUCGACAAGGACACAAAAAUGCCACUUAAAGGUUUCUUUCGUAAAACAAAAGUUUCCACCAGCUCCACAAAGUCAGGAGAAGAAGAUGCUCCCAUGUCCAUUGGGGAACCAUUCAAUGUGAAGAGAAACUAUCAUGUGGGCUUUGACAAGGACAAGGGAGAAUUCGUUGGUCUGCCAGAAUCUUGGGAGCAGCUUCUCAGUCAUUCAAACAUCUCCAAGAAAGAACAAAGAGAGAACCCUGAAGCUGUGGUCAACUCACUGAAGACUUAUCAGAAGUCCAUUAAGCGUCGACCCUCAACUGCCAAGUACAUGAUGGUGGCAACAACAAUAAGAGAGUCUGAUGAAAUCUUAGAUUCUGCUGAAGAAGACAGAGCAUCAGUAGAUUCUGCUCAAGUUCCUGAUGUUAAGACAGAAGAAUCAAAUAACAAAGUAGAACAUGUAGAAGAAAAACCGGUUGAAAUAAAGAAACCUCAAACACCUGAAAAAGAAAAGGAGGUAGAAUCUGAAGUAUCUGAUGGUGUGGCUGAGCUGAGAACAGAUGACCAUGAUGAAUCUGAUGGUGUAUUCCAGCGGCGGCCUAGGUCACAAAAGAAAACAAUGACGGAUGAAGAAGUGAAUACAGCACUUAGAGAUCUUGCUAGUCCUGGAAAUCCACAAGACAAAUAUGAAAUACACAAAAAACUUGGAGCAGGUGCUUCUGGUAAAGUGUGUAUGGCCAAAUGUAAAGACUCUGAUCAGGUAGUGGCCAUCAAAAUGAUGGAUUUGAAUAACCAACCAAAGAAAGAAUUAAUUAUCACAGAGAUAGAAGUGAUGAAGCUUUACAGACAUGAAAAUAUUGUCAACUUUUUGGAUUGUUAUUACAUAGAAGAUGAAUUGUGGGUAGUCAUGGAGUAUUUAGAUGGUGGAGCCCUUACAGAUGUAGUUACAGAAACUAUCAUGAAAGAAGGUCAGAUUGCAGCAGUAUGUCGUGAGUGUCUGAAAGCUUUGGAAUUUCUCCACCAGAGGAACAUCAUUCACCGUGAUAUUAAAAGUGACAAUGUACUACUGGGCAUGGUUGGUGCUGUCAAACUUACAGAUUUUGGUUUCUGUGCUCAGCUAAGUGGUGACAAGGGUAAACGAGAUACCAUGGUGGGCACACCCUACUGGAUGGCACCUGAAGUAGUUUCCAGAAAGCAGUAUGGCAAUAAAGUGGAUAUCUGGAGUCUUGGUAUAAUGAUUAUAGAAAUGUUGGAAGGGGAACCUCCUUACCUGAAUGAGACACCUCUGAAAGCUAUCUAUAGAAUAGCUACCAAGGGCAAGCCAGAGAUCAAAGAUGAGCAUAAAUUGUCUCCAGAGCUGAAGGACUUCAUUCAUAAGUGUUUGGAAGUGGAGGUGGAACACAGAGCCAGCGCUGCCCAGCUUUUGGAGCACCCUUUGCUGAAAAAGGCGAUGGCCCUUGCAACACUCAGACCUCUAAUUGCUGCAGCCCGUAAUGCAAUGGGAAAGUCUUAGAUGUCAUAAUUCAUGCUUAGUUUAGGUUAAUAUGCACCUUUGUGUUUUUGAGUUUUUCUUUGUUUUUUUGUUUUUUUACCUGUAUGAAAGUCAAAGGAAAAUUAUUUUUUUGAAACAUGUAAUAUACAUUUAAACUAAAGUGAAUUAGAAUCAUCUUUCUUAAGAAUUUCAUUAAGAUGAAAAUGUCUGGAGGUCUUUGAAUAUUUUCAAAAGGCGUGGGCUUGAAAUAAAGUGUUUACUUACCAUCCCAUGGUGUUGUGUGGAUGGUUAAACACUAAAUAAAACCUUCAGCUUUUCAUGUAUCUUACAUGAGUAUAAAAUAUAAAGUGUGGACUACAGGAGCAGUUACAGUUCUUAUAGGGUGGAGUUAGUGAGAUAAUGUCAUAGGCCUGAACCUUUCCAAGAGAUCUUUCACUUGUGGGUUGUAGCUAAAUUAUAGUAUGUCGUCAUCACAUUGAAACCAUAUUUCAACAUUUACAAAUAUCUAUUUGUGUCUUUGUUUUUUUUCUGUUGUUUUUUUAUUGAAUCAGCAUUUCAGGAUGCAGCUGUCAACAAAUGUGACAUGAACUCACAAGAUUUGUUUUUCUGUGAUGUGUCUUCUCUUUUCUGUUCAUGGUGAUCUUUUUUUUUUUUUUUUUUUUUUUGUUAACGUUAUUAUCAUUGCAAGCAUUAGUUUUAUUGUUGUUUGUUUUGGUCCAUAAAAUAGUGAUGUUUUGUUACAACGUAUUCCUUAUGCAACAAUGCCUUUGUUCAGGUCAUGUUUCUCUGGUUCUUUUCACACCCUUUCUAUGUGAUGAUGUUAUUGUUCUUUUCAGCUAUAAUCUACAUUUAUUUUAAAGCUUCUAGCUUAAAGUAGAAACAUGAAACAGCCAUUUUUUAAAAUUUAUAUAAAUAAAUAUAUACAUAUACCUACCAUCCAGGGAACAUUUCAACAUUCAAUCAGCUAAAAUUAUUUUUUGUAAGAAUGUCGUCGGGGCAAGUUUUAUAAGACUUUACAAAUGUUUUUAUGAAUGUGUAUUGUUUCAGUUUUUGGUUUUUAUUAUUAGGAGUAUGAUAUUUUCAGGAGAUCUUCUAUCUACUACAGAUUCGAAAAAAAAAAACAUGCCUAAUUUAUGAAAUAAAAUGUUAAGGAUAAAUUAAUGUUACUUUUGACCCUAUUGAAUGAGAUAUUUAUUAAUAAUACAUAUCUAUUGCUUUCUAAACUAAUAGCUAAUAUUUAUGUUUCUGCUCAGUUAGCUAUUCAGUACUAACAAAAGUAGUCUUCUAGUGAAAGGGUAAAAGUUACUCUGUGGUUACUUCUGUAUUGUGGUUGAUUUCAAUGUUGCCUUAGACUUGUGCCUCACAAUGUUCAAAUGAUACUCUGUGACUCAGCUUUAAAUAGCCUUACUGAAUUGACAGAUACUUUUGUGUAUAAAAUAUUGUUGGAACUGAACUCAUUCCACAUUGUUUAAUAUUUAUAACUGAAAAAGAUUUUUUUUUUUGGAAUGAAGCACUCUGUAUGUACUGACCUCACAGACUUGUAGUCAUUGUUGACCUCUAUUGAAAUAGACUUUCAAAAAUCAUUCCUAGCUUAUAUGAUUCUAUGCAGGUGUUGUGCACCUGUACAGUGGUUUAUGUAAAGUGUGUUCUUAGUUCAGCCAUAGGGAAUUGAAAAUUCUCACUGCUGAAAUCAGAAAACAGUGAUUUGAUAUUUCACACAUUUAUUCCUGUUAUAUCACCAAUGUUAAAGCUAGAUAAAAUUUCUUGUAAAUCUCUUAUCUCUGCAUAUCAUUGUUUUUCAAAGAUGAUUGAAAUCAGCAUUCAGACUUAUUUGUUGUUAUAUUUUAAAUUACAUUUUGACUAGCAGCAUUCUGUACAAGCUUAUCAUGUUAACCUUUUGAUAGUAUUUAGCAACAUGCAAUUGUUGAGCUCCCUUCUGUCUGUUAUCACUUUAUUAAUACUGUUGAGAUACAGACUUUUAACAAUGGCCUUUUAGAAAUAUUUUAUCUAUACUUGUAUCUAUUGUAAAAUAGCAAAAUAAAAAACCAAAACAUUUUUUAAUAUAUGCAUUUCAAAUAAGUAUGAUGACUUUGGCUAAUGUUCUAUUCUCUGGAACUGAUAUUUAGAAAAAAAAAUGAAGACAACUCUUGAAUAACCAUAGUUGUUUAUUGUUAGAAAUAAAAUCAUAUACUUGCCUCCCUUGCCAAUGUACUACUCUACAGCUAUUGUUUUUAAUAAUAGUCAAGUAAAAAUAGAAAAGAGAAUGUACAAUGUUUAUUGAACUAAGAAAGAUUAUCUAACAUUUAUUUUUCUUACAUUUUGUUUCUAUUAAGUGGUAAGACAACUCAAUUAUGCCUUUUUUUUUGGGGUCGUCUUGUUACUGUAUACAAGUAAUGAUAUUGCACUAUUUUCACAUCUUUUUUUCUUCUAUCACCAAAUAGUACUACAGCACAAUUAUUACUGUCUUUAGACAACAUGACUAAGUGAGUGACUGCUUCACUAGGGCAUGUAGUAGAAUACAAGGAAUUUUACACAUUUCAUCUGCAUCAUUCUCUUUCACUUGUGGUCUUGCCAAUAUAGUUUGACAAAAUGGGUGUUCUAGAAUCAUUUGUUUUUCUUGUGAUGUUCCAUAAUUGCUUAUAAGCCUGCUCAAAAUUUAAAUCUUGUGUUACAUGUAUAUAAAUAAUGUGUAAAGUUCUGUUAAUUGGUAUUAUUUAAAGCACAUCAGCUGUUCCCCUGCACAUAAUAAUACAUUAUUUCCUAGGAGUGACCUUUGUUUUGAGACUGUUCAGGAAAGAUACCAUGCACAUGUGUUAAAAUAGAAGAAUCAACAACAGUGCUCACAUACAAUGAAAUACAAAUGUUCAAUAUUUUUGUUUUGUGUCAUCUCUGUUUUCUAGGAAUGAAUUUGAGCAAAAUUUUAUUUGUAUAUAAAUGUAAUACAAUCUAAAAUAAUAGAUGGGAAUAAUACAAAUACUUUCUAGUUUGAUUUAAAGGUAUAAAUUAGCUAAUAUUUAAAAAAAAAAAAUUUCAACUGUCCAUUGCAACUGUAUGAAGUCACGAUAGGAGUAAAGGCAAUGUAACAACUGAGAUCAGCUUUUCAAUAAUUUGCUUUUUGGGAUAAAAAUAAGAAAAGAAUAGUGUGGAUCCAACAUGUUUCAAUUUAGGCUGUUUGAACUGAAAAGGUAAAACCUUAUGAUUGGAAUAUAUCUAGUUUAUUAAAUAGAUAAUUCCAAAUGUGGUUCUACUGACUAGUUUAUAUACUAAUGGAACAAAGAAAUGCAUUCAUAUUAUUGUAUAUAUGAAUUAGUUCACUGCAGCUUACUGCUGGCUUCUUAUCAACUUAAUUGUACUAUUAAAUGGCUGAAGAAACUAGCAGAUUAAUUAAUAAGUUAAUUUUGUAGCUUAACAUUUUCUCUGUAGACACCAUCUUUUAAUUUGAGCUUAGUCUAAGUUUGAACAUGAGUGGGUGAUAAUGUCAUCUUGUUUUUAGACACAGAUGAUGACAAGAAAACUUUCACCCUUGGUGGGAAAGGGCUUUGGCAAAAUAUGCAGGUUACAAGUAGGGCCGAAUGCUAUGUUAAAUACUGCACUCAUCCUUAAUGUUUGGAAUCAACAAAUCAUUGUCUUGUUUCUAUACUAGACAUCCCCUUUCAAUGUCCUUAUUUCAACUCUCAUAGUUGUUAACCCUUAAAGCGCGUGUAGUAGUUUUGCCUCUAAACAUCAGCAUUGCACUCAUUGUAAAACAGUUCAUCACUUUAAGGGUUAAACAAGUAAAACAACUGGUCUUGAGUGACUUGGCACUAUUCAUUUUUUUUUAAAGCUUUGUUUCUUUGAACACUAUUUCCUUAUUUAUUAUUUUUGUGUGUGUGUGUGUAUGUGUACAGCUUGAUGUGGGUGAGUCAAUGAGAUGUGUGUUCCUGUACCUCAGCUGUGUACCAGAGAUGUAUGUCAGUGAGUUUGUUCAUGAGACACUGGCUUUGUGUGUUGACCAGCUAGUUGAUGUUCUUGGACAUAAUGUACUGUCUUAUUGGAUGCUUUUUGAUCACACAUAAAAGACAUUUAUAUAAUCAAUCAAAAUUUAUCUAAAUUAAACUAUUAAAAAUCUAUUGAUCUUUACAAA